AUGGAGCUGACAGGGUCUGAGAAGCCAGACCCAAACCCCAGAAGGAUCCCGGGGCCACGCCGCAACCCCACAGUGCUGCGCAUGGUGCUGGAGGCGUUGCAGGCCAGGGAGCAGCGCCAGGGCAUCUCGGUGGUGGCCAUCAAGCAGUUUAUCCUGCUGAAGUACCCAACAGUGAACGCCAUCCGCCUCACCUACCUGCUCAGGCAGGCUCUGUCCAAAGGUGUUAACCGGGGCCUCCUCACCCGGCCUCUCAACUCCAAGGCCAGAGGGGCCACCGGCAGCUUCAAAUUAGUUUCCAAGGAAAAAAGGACAGCCCAGCACAGAAAGAUGGCCACCAGGAAACCCGGCAAAGCCCAGAAGAAGGGUCCCAAGAACCCCAGCAAGGUGAAGAAAGAGCCUCCCGACCCAGGCAAGGUGAAAAUGCUGCCCCAGAAGCUGGAGAAGGUGGAGAAGGUUCCUACCAAGUCAGACGCAGCUGAGAAGAAGGCCUCCAACAAAGGCAGGGAGGUCAGCGUCAAGGUGACAAAGCUGGGUGAGCCCAAGAAGGUGAAAGUGAAGGCCCCUCCCAGUGCUGAGGAGCUCAGCGGGAAGUCAGCAGUCAAAGGCGGUGCCAGCAGCAAGGCUGAAACUGAGCGCCCUAGGAAGACAGAUGCAGGGAAUAAGAGUUCCAAAGCCAAGACCCCCAAGGGCAAGAAUGGCACUACUUUCCCUUCAACCAAAGCGACAGCAUCUGCAUCCAAGGCCCCAAGAAAGGUGGCCUCAGACCCUGGGAAAGAGCCAGAAGCCAAGGACACAGCUCCACCCAAGGACAAGGGCAGCAGUGGGGCCAGGGAUGCUCCUGGGUCCCUGGCCAGGAAGCCGGGGGCGCCCCAGAGAAGGCCCGAGCUGCCUGCCAAAGUUUCAUCAUCUAAGGUGCACCUCAAGAAGGCUAAGCCCGAGAGCUCGAAGCUGGGGUAG